AUGGCGGCGCCGUGCCGGACGCGGACGCUGCAGGUGGUGGACACGGAGUUCAGCGCCGACGCGGUGGAGUGGUGCCCGGUGGAGGGCUGGCACAGCAUCCUGGCCUGCGGCACCUACCACCUCCGCCCGCCCGCCGCGAGUGACUCCCGAGGAAGCAGUGGUGCCUGUGACCGGACUGGGCGCCUCUACCUCUAUCACUACAACGAGGAGCAGCCUUACAUCCCGCUGACUGAAAUCCAGAGGAUUGACACUGCUGCCAUCCUGGACAUCAAAUGGUGCCACAUUCCUGUUGCAGAACAUCCCAUGGUUGGCAUUGCAAACUCGACAGGUGCUGUGGAGUUUUGCCAUCUGACUGGAAGUGAGAAGAACAGCUGCAUGUUGGAGCCGUGCUUCAGGGUCGAUCUCGGUGCACAGCGUCUGGCCUUGUCUUUGGACUGGUCCACAGGACGAGAGCAAUGUGGCUGUCCCUUGAGAGUGAUCAGCAGUGAUUCAGAGGGGAAGCUCAAUCUUUUCUCCAUAGAUGAAUCUGCUCCUUCUGUGCAUGUCCUGAGCCAGUGGGAAGCUCACAAAUUCGAGGCCUGGAUUGCUGCUUUUAAUUACUGGGACACUGACAUUGUGUAUUCAGGAGGAGAUGACAGCCUGCUAAAGGGCUGGGACACCAGGUGCAGUCCAGAGGCUCCAGUCUUCACCAGCAGGAGACACUCCAUGGGUGUGUGCAGCAUUCAGUGCAGUCCCCACCGGGAGAAUCUUCUGGCUACUGGCAGCUAUGACGAGCACGUGCUGCUGUGGGACACCAGGAACAUGAAGCAGCCCCUGGCAGACACCCACGUUGAAGGAGGAGUGUGGAGGCUGAAGUGGCACCCGAGCUGUGAUUUUGUGCUGCUGGCAGCCUGCAUGCAGAGUGGCUUCAAAAUCCUCGACUGCCGUGGCAGCAUGGCGGAGAACACGGAGGAAUGCAUCAUCCUCUCAUCCUAUGUCCUGCACAAUUCCCUGGCCUAUGGGGCUGACUGGUCAAGGCUGUGUCCAAGGGAUUCCUUGACUGCCACCCAGGAGGCUGCUGCUCCAUGCCACUAUUCAGAGGAGCCUGGGGGAAGAUUGGAGGAAGCAGAUGAGAGACUGAAUUUGCAAGUCCGAAACCUGAAGAUAAUUUAUGAAUCUCCUACAGCUACUUUUGAUGUAAUCUUGGAUGAGGAGAGUGAAAGCCCUGCCUUGCCCCUCCAAGCAGAGAGGGGGCCCAAGGUGUCUGGGGAUGCUGAUGUAAAGGGGAGCUGUGGUCUGGCUGGGGGUCCUGGCCAAGGGGGAGACCCCAGCUCAGCCAGUGGGUCUGAGUCAGGAGCUGAGAGACCCAACGGGCUGGGCCCAGGCCGGAGCAGGGACGCAGCCAGGGCUUUAGACAGCCCGAGGGAAAUGAGCAUUGUGGCCACUUGCUCUUUCUAUGACAAUAUCCUGCAUGUCUGGAAGUGGGAGAUGAGCCUGGGGACCCCUUCAGAGACACCAGGUGCUGGAUCUCCCUCUGAAAGAACAGCUGCAGAUUUGCAUUGACCGGUCCAGGGGA